CACAGAUAUAUAAAAAUAUAAUUUUUAUAUAUCUGUGGUUUUUAAUGUUUUUAAUUUUUAUCAAUUUAUUUCUUAAUGGUUGAUUGAUCAGUGAUCUCAACUCAAUACCAUAAUAAAUAUCUUUGACAAAAUACAUUAAUAAUUCUAUAGUCAGCAUAUUUGAUUUUAAAUAAUUUUGUUUUUAAAACUAACAUGGCGAGUUCAUUAGAGGAGACAAUAACACGAGUUCCGAAGAUGGCUGUUUUUGAUUUAGAUUAUACAUUGUGGCCAUUUUGGAUUGACACUCAUGUGAAUCCUCCUUUUCAUAAAUCUGGCCCUAAAAUUGUAUUAGAUUUUACUGGUCGUAAAAUUAAACAUUAUCCAGAUGUGCCACAAAUCUUGAAAUUUCUUCAGGACAAAAAUAUUGGCAUAAGUGUAGCUUCAAGAACUGGAGAAAUUGAUGGGGCUGAACAACUCAUACAAUUAUUUGGUUGGGAUAAAUAUUUUCAAAACAAACAAAUUUAUCCUGGUAGCAAAGUUACUCAUAUAAAUAAGAUAAGCAAAAAAUGUAAUAUCAAAUUGGAGGAUAUGAUUUUUUUUGAUGAUGAACAACGGAACAUUGAUGAUUUAGAGCGUUUAGGAGUAGUAUCAAUAUUAGUAAAAAAUGGGAUGACAAUGGAAGUAUUAAUGAAUGGUUUGAAAAAGUUUUCAGAUAUAAGAUCAAAUGUGUAAUUUUUGUGUUAUUGUUUUAAGUAUUAUGACCACAAAUAAUUAUACUUCAUAAAACAAGUG